GCUAAUGGUUGAAAGUGCCAAACUUGGCCUUCGUGAUAUAAAUGGUGUGAUAAGUAAACAAAUGGUAGAGACCAGACUCCUUCCUAAACUUAAGGAAAAGCUUGGUUAUGAAAUUAGUUUUAAUCAUUACCAAAGUAGACUCAAAUGGUUUAAAAAACAAUACUCCAAUUACUCUCAACUUAUGCGGCACAACUCUGGAUUCGGAUGGGAUGCAUCCACAAAGAAAUUCACUGCUUCCGAAGAAGUAUGGGCUGACUACCUGAAGUCACAUAAAGAACAUGCACACCUUCGAUCAGAAACUUGUCCGGACUAUGAGGAUCUGAGAAUCGCAGUGGGAAAUGGAACUGCAACUGGA